GAAUGCUGUGUGUGAAAUCCCCUUGGCUGGGAAUUGCAUAAUAAAGCCAUGUUAUUGGAGCUAUAAAUUGAGCAGGGCGCUGCUGAGGGAGGCGGCGAGCCGUCUGAAAACCGCUCUGUAACAGCGCAGGAACGAGCCGGUGACCUCGGUGUUUUAUGGUGUUUUUCGGUGCGGAACCGGCGCGCGGAGUCUGGACUCAACACGAACUAGCCGCGGGUUCGGUUAGCACUCGGCUACAUUUUACACGACCUGCUCUUAGUGGCAUGUCCAGUUAAUUUGAGCUAUUUGACUGGGUUUAAGGACACGUGCCGUAACAACAACAACAACAACAACAACAUAAUGGCUAUCAAAAAGACGUACAUUAGCCUCGGCUACGCUUGUGUCGGAGUGCUGGUCGGGUUCUCCGCUUUCCUCGUCUGGAACAUCGCCUACAAACAGCCCUGGACCGCCGCCAUGGGGGGCUUAGCAGGUGUUCUUGCACUUUGGACUCUGGUCACACACAUCAUGUAUCUGCAGGACUACUGGAGAACAUGGCUGAAGGGGCUGAGGAUCUUCUUGUUUAUGGGCAUUUUUUUCUCCCUGCUGUCAGUCAUCGCAUUCAUCACCUUCCUCUGUCUCGCUGUGUCUCGCAAAGAAUCCCUGAAGGACCCUAACAGCCUGUUUCUGUCAUGUGUGUGGAGCUUCAUGAGUUUGAAGUGGGCGUUUCUGCUGGCAUUGUAUUCUCACAGAUACCGCAAAGAGUUUGCUGACAUCUCCAUUCUCAGUGACUUCUAAAACACACUCCCUCACGCAAAGACACACUUUCAUACACUAGAUAAAAACACAUAUCUAACAAGUUGAUAAGAAAAUGCUGGGCAGUUUUUAAUAGAUGGACACUUGAUGAGCAGGAAGGACUAAUGAAUCACUUGAGUAACAAAGGUCUGGGUGGACUAAGGAUGAUCAGAGGUGUAAAAAGAAUUGUUAUGUAUUUCUAUGUCUGUCUUUCCCUUCAUUUUUUUUACUAUCAGAAUACAGAGUGGAUGAGGGUUAGGUCUUAUUUGAAUCCUUAGCUUAACGCACAUUAUACGACAAGUUCCUUGUUUUCUGCAUCAGCACUUAAAUAUUGUUUUGAGUGCAUGAUCAGUGUGGGCAUUUAUGAGCCUUUGGGCAGUUGUCUUGUGUCAAAUAUGCAGUUUUAAAUAUUUUUACCUUUUAUGAAAGGCUCUAGCAGAUGUGUCCUGUCCUCCUUGAGAUAUUUAGGAUUUUGUUCCACGAUUUCCCCUGAUAAGGGACAUAGAGAAGCACUAUAAUUUGUUUUAAAUGUUUUAAGGGUGCUCACUCUCUAUCCUGUCAUAACUACCUAAAAAAUUCUUUUUUAUAUCUUCUAUAUGUGUGUUUGUCCCUGUUGUCUUGUUCUUUCGACAAUAUGUGUGGCUUAACCCAUUUUGUUGAAAAGGCCUUUUUAGGACCAGCGAUGCAGGAAUGUGUCUAGUUUGAUGACUGUUGAUUUUUGAAUGAGCACUUUAUAACCUGUUAUGGAUGAGGAUCAGUGAUUGGUGGAAAUGUGCAACCAAUCAUAGACGUUCUUUCCAGUUAAGAGUGUCUCGACUGAAGCAGGUGGUUUUCUGUUGGUCAGAUUGUCGAGUUUUGGUAAAGGCUUUUUAAAAAAUGUUCUCAUGAUUUUAAUAUAUUUUUAGUAUAUGGAGCCAUUUCAUCGUUUAUUGUGAAUGUUAUGAUUUGAUGUGAGAAAGAAAUGUAGGUGUUCUUAUAGUCUUUUUUGUUUGUUGAUGUCAGUGGGUUGAAUGUCACCAAAUGAUGGGCAAAGCUGGGCUGAUCAGGUUUUAGUAACAGUUCACUAAAUGUACUUGCCUUUUUUUGGUAUUGUAGCCAUCUUUUUUCUUUUAUUUGCAAAGAAGCAAAUAUGUUGUUUUAAUGCUGUUUUGACUUUUAAUUGUCUUUCAAGGCAUUUUAUAAAUGUAUCCAUAAAACUGUGUAAGGACUAAAAAUUGUAUAAGGAUGUAUGAGUGUCUGAACACCAUGUUAAUAAAAUAAAAUACACUUUUAUGUGA